CGUCGAGCAGAGAAGUCUGACCGCUGCUUGUGUCAUCUUAAGGAAGGCCAUUGUGUUUUUCGAUGUGUGUUUUCGCUCUAUUCUGACUGCCACAAUCAGAGCAUUAUUCUCUCGUCUGCUGCCAUAACUGAGUCAACUCGCGGAUAAUCGACGGCUGUGUAAAGAAAUUGUUUCAGUAUACGGUGUGUAAAUAGCUAUAUUUUUCGAGUUCGGAAAGACUACUGCCCGAAAUCACGGAAUAUUCUAAAAACAAGCCAAGAGAGAAACUGAAAACGUUCGAGAAUGAACCCUUCAAUGGACGUGGAGGAUCUAAAGAAACGAUAUUGCGGUCGCUUGCAGCAUUCCCUCUUCCUGUCACUUCUGCUCAUCUGCAUCUUCUACGGGGCGGCCUUCUUGCUGCUGGUCACAGUCGUCUACCCACACGACAUUUGGGAAGAUCAUGUCCGCAUCUUUACUAUUUCUUCUGUAGUGGGCAUCCUUGUGGUGUUUUUCGUGAUCCUAGUGCCUCUGGAACGAUCCUUUGCCCAUUGUUCCUGGUUGGUUUCUGCAGCAGUAUGGCUGUGCCUGCUCGCUGUGUUGGUCGUGUGCUCGUACAGUCGGACACAGCGACGUCCCACCGACAACGCCCUCUUCGUUUACUUGGCUGUGUUUGUCUCCCAUACAAUGCUGUCGUUGCCCCUGCUUGUCGCUUGUGUCAUCGCCGUUCUGACUGGACUCUCUCAGGUGGCUCUGGAAGGGAUGCUUGCUAACACGCAGACAGAAAAUCUAGCUAAACAAGUCGGAGCAUGUGCUCUAUUUCUUACGUGCGGCACACUGAUUGGCUAUUUUCACCGACGAAUGACCGACGCCUCUCAUGAUAAAACAUUUGCCGGAACGAGAUUUUUUAUAGAAUCUAGGAUCAAGCUAGAAUACGAGAAAGAACAACAAGAGCAACUAUUGCUGAGCGUGAUCCCGGCUUACAUCGCUGCAGAAGUGAAACGCAGCAUCAUGCUAAAGAUGGCGGACGCCUGUCAAAGCGCGAAUUCGCAUUCCAAGCAGCGCUUCCAUGAACUCUACGUCCAGAGGCACAACAAUGUCAGCAUCCUAUAUGCAGACAUCGUCAACUUUACCCCACUCUCGGAACAGCUCUCAGCCUCGGACCUCGUGAAGACUCUCAAUGAACUCUUCGGACGAUUCGAUCAAAUAGCUCAGGAGAACCAUUGCAUGCGCAUCAAGAUACUGGGGGACUGCUACUACUGCGUUUCCGGCCUGCCUGUCUCCCGACCCAGUCACGCAACCAACUGCGUGCAGAUGGGUCUCAGCAUGAUAGAGGCUAUAAGGGUGGUAAGAGAAGCAACGGAGGUAAAUGUGGACAUGCGCAUUGGAGUGCACACUGGAGAUGUCCUGUGCGGAGUGCUUGGACUUAGAAAAUGGCAAUUCGAUGUGUGGUCAGAUGAUGUCACACUGGCCAAUCACAUGGAAUCAGGUGGGGUACCUGGCAAAGUGCACAUCACGAAGGCCACUCUUCAACAGCUGGAUGGUCAGUUCGAAGCUGAACCAGGUAACGGACACCAGAGAGAUCAGUACCUCGCUGAUCACCAAGUCGAGACCUUUCUCAUUGUUCCCACCAAGAAACCCGAGUCGCUGGCUCCUCUGUUGGGCGAAGUGGAUCUACGGCGCAGCUUCCGCACUCGUGUCUCCGCCAAGAUGAGCAAGUACAUGGAGUGCUGGGGCGCAGACAAGCCCUUCGCCAACAUCUCCGAAUCCACUCUCGCCAAGAACAUCAGGCUCACGAGUUUGGCACUCAUAGAAACUAACCUUCUUCCUGGUGCUGAUUCUGGAUUUAGUUGUAGGCAAUGCGAGAAGCGCGAAGACCUGGAUCCCAUCCUGCUCAAGUUCUACGACUCCAACCUGGAGAGGUCCUUCCGGAACCAACCGGACGGCAAGUUCGCUCAUUCCAUGGCUUGCGUCUGCCUUCUCUUCCUCUUCAAUGCCGGACUGCAGCUGCUCGUGUUUGCCCUGUCCGUGCCUCUGAUCGGAACUCUGACCUCCACUUUCGUGGUGAUUGCGACACUCACAUUGGCCGUCUGGAUCCAAAAGGCUCAGCGCAGGACCAGCACCUCUCAUCACAAUCAGUCCUUGGGAACAUGUACAACAGAUGUCGCCACCAACCACAUCCUCCGAGUCAUUCUCUUUGUAAUCGCGAAUUCUUUUAUCUUUGCCUCCUCUUUCAUAAAUAUGGUGAUUUGUGUUCCCGAGGACGGUGACUUUCGAGUGACUUUGAAUGACACCCUGAAUCUUUUUUCGAGACAGGAGCAUGAUCCACCUCCCCAUUGUCAGUAUGGACAGGCACACAUCUUUCCUGCUGUCUUAACCCUGACAGCCGUAUCGCUGUUUCUGAGGCUGUCCUACGUCCUCAAGUUCAUCCUCAUGUUGACUGACAUCAUCGGAUUCGGACUCGCUUUCACUCUGGUUAGACCUGACCUUUUCUCGGCAACUCUCGAGGACGGAGACGGAUUUUACAAGCUUCCUUUGUCUGUGUACGCCAUUUUAUUCCUAUUCGUCUUCAUGCUUGUCCUUCUGGUGCUAGACAGGCAAGCCGAGUUCACCACCCGCGCGGACUUCUUGUGGCAGAACAAACUGCGGGUGGAGCAGGACGAGGUGGAGACGAUGGGCAGCAUCAACAAGAUUCUGCUGGAGAACAUCUUGCCGGCUCACGUCGCCCAGCACUUCCUCUCCAACAACAGGCAGACGGAGGAGCUGUACCAUGAGCGUUACCGCAAUGUGGCCGUGAUGUUCGCUUCUAUUCCUAACUACAAGGAGUUCUACGAUGAGACGGACAUCAACAAGCAGGGACUGGAGUGCCUCAGGUUGCUCAAUGAGAUUAUAUGCGACUUCGAUAAGCUAUUGCUGAAGCCCAAAUUCAGCCGCAUUGAAAAGAUCAAGACCAUCGGGAGCACUUACAUGGCCGCAGCAGGACUGCAGCCGGGCAGAGAAGAAAAUGGAGAUGAAUCUCGAAAAUCCCACAACUUGCUCGCUCUCACAGAAUUUGCCAUUGCUCUGAUGACUCUUCUAGAUCAGAUAAAUCGAGAAUCCUUCCAGCGAUUCAAGCUCAGAGUGGGUAUCAAUAACGGCCCAGUAAUCGCUGGUGUGGUCGGUGCGCAGAAACCCCAGUACGACAUCUGGGGCAAUACAGUCAAUGUCGCCAGUCGGAUGGACAGCUGCGGUGUCAUGGGGAAGAUACAAGUCACUGAAGACACAGCCAAGAUCCUCAUGGAGCAUAACUAUGACUGCGAGUGCAGAGGCACCAUCUACGUGAAAGGCAAAGGGAACCUCACCACCUACUUCGUCAAAACGCAGUUCGACAGAUCCUCCGACUGCUGAUUCGAAACCACUUGUAGUUCGGAUGAAAGGCUACCUUAACCCUCUAACCUCUGUCCGCACUCAGCUCAAACGAUUGACACGUGAGGAGAGUGUCGCUUCUGGUGGCAGCAGUUUGGUGAUAAGAGACCGGAUGCAAAAGAACUUGAACUGUGUUGCUAGUCUGUUUGUUACUGGAAGAUAUCAGUCACGGUCCAGAUAAUGCGAACGAUAGAAAUUAGAAAAACGGAAUCAUGGCAUUUUGCCUUCUGGAUAAAAUCUUGCUUUAUUUAUUUAUUUUUUAAGUAUUAGAAUAUUUCAUGAAAAAAUAAGUUAAACUGAAGUGCGCCUUUAAAACAUUUCAGCGAUAAGUUAAGAUAAAAUUAAUUUAAUGCCGAGAAUUGUAACAUAAUUCAGUCCAUGAAUAGAGUUAAAUAAGAAAAAAAAUAUAGAUAAAUAAAUAACUAAAAACUUCUUCUGAUUUCUACGGCAAUUGCAGUUUUAAUUGUUUGCAGUUUUUAAUUUAAUAUUUAGAAUUUCGAGAAAUAGAAGACGCAACUAUCUUAGAAAGAACCAUUAUUUCCAAAUUCGAGAAUCCAUAUUUUUAUUUGUUUAAACUUAUACUCCAUUGAGUACAGGCUCAAAAACCUGUUCUAUUUUAAAUCCAGCCGGAAAUUUUUAAAUUCUUUAUUUAUGAAUUUGGCUUUUAUUUUCAUCUAAUUUAUAAACUUUUUAUAAUUCGUUAGGUAUAAAAGAUGAAAUUUAAACGAUUUUGAUGAGGGGUCCUUUUUUUUAUUUUAAAGAAGUGAAGGACUUCAUAUUUAAAAGACUAAACAGCUCAAUCAAAAACUCAGUCAAAAUUAAGUUAUAAUUGCAUUUAAGGAAAGGCAAAUAAGAAUGUACUUCUAAAGAGGCGCUUCAAAAUUUCUCUUUUUCUAUUUUGUGAUCUUUUGUAACUUAAUUAACUUUUAGUAUUCCAUUGCUAUAAGAUCAUUGGAUUGCAUGCAUACUUCAGGUUUAAAUUGCUUGUGAUGUCCUUGUUUUUGUUCAAACAGUACAGCCAGGUCACUGAAAUGCCAACUACUAGUUUUGGUUGCUAAUCAAAGUAAUUAUAUUGCCUUUUAAGGAAUGUAUUGAUAAUUUAAGGCAUAUGUUACAAUUGAUACUAUGUAGUUACUUACUAAGAGUUAUUUUAUUCCUUAUCGAAGACAGUGUUAAUGCAUAUGCUUACGUUUUAGUUUUACUUUUUUUUUUUUUUUUUUUGCAUAUAAAGCAAUUUUUCCAACUUUAAAAACUUCACGCGUAAAUGCUUCAGUAAUAGUACUGUGUAUGCGAAACCAGAGGGUUCAUUGACUACAUUGACUACGAAUAAUCUGCGGCGUCUAGAGUAGUUAAGAAUCCAAAGAAAAGAAAAUAUUUCUAGAAUUCCUCAUCUAGCAGUCCACUUUCAUAAUCAUUGCCAUCACUAUAAUAUUGUUGUCUUUAACGAUCGCACUUGUAAUUUUUUUAGGAAAAGUAACUUCGUAAAAUUUAAAUACAACACUCAUCUUUAAAAUCUCAUCCUUUGACACAUAGACCCAUGAAACAUAAAUAUUCUGCUUGAAAUUUAUUUUAAAUAUCAGCCUGAUACUAUUAGAACAAUAAACUAACAUUAUUUGAAAGGGAAAAAAGUUGCUCAUGAAAUUUUAGCAUGUCACUCUUGACAGAGAGUUGUUAUUCUACAUAAAACUAAUACUUCUGUUUCUAAUAGAUAAAAAAAAACACUGUCUUUUAAAAUGAUUUACGUUUUUAUUUAUCAGAUUUCAUCUCAUAAGUAUUAAUAUUUUUCAUUCAUUUUUAUUUUGUUUUUUCCUUGUUUAAUUUAUCACUAAACCUGAUUGAAAUUCACAAAGCCAAAGUUAUGUGUUAAAGUUUCUGACAUAAUUUAUGUUCUUUGCAAUCAUUUUUUUCAAACACACCACAAUAAAUAUACAUUUUACACGAAGCCUGGCGAUCACUGCGUGGCUAAUUAGCCAUCAUUUUCCCUUUUGCAUUUUAGGAGUAAUCAAGAAACAUAUCGCAAAGUUGUUCUCUAUGUGUUCAUUGCUGUUCAAUGUUUAGAAUGAAGUGUUUAAAAAGUUUUCAAAGUAUUUUUUAGUGAUUUGAGGAGAUUUCAUGUAGCAAAGAUUGGACGGUCUUUUCUAUGGUAAAUAAUAAAUAUUAAAAAAUAAUUUGUGAAUUGCACUUUCUUUCAAAAUUAUUUUUGAUAGUGUAAAUAAGAAUAGCAUAGAUAAAAAAAUGUGUACUUAAAAUAUGGCGGUGAUAAAAAAAAAUUAAUACACAAAGACAAUCAGUCUUUUGUAACAAAUUGUUAAUACUGAUUACACAAAUUGUAUUUUAAAAGAAACAAAAUUUUUAUUCAGAGUUUUCGUGUUUUAGGAUGAUACAAUGGAUUCCAUUUUUAAAAAUUUUUAGACAAUGGAACAUUAUACUGUCACAAAAUAUCAUUGGUAGGUUAAUUGACUAUCGUAGUAGGGUAAUUACUAGUUUAGAAUACUAGUAUUAAUCGCUAAAUAUGAUCUUUUUUUUUUGUUUAAAAUGUUAAUGUCCCGAUAUAUUUUAUUAAAUUCGAUUUAUAGGACCUGGAAAAUGUGCAAACAAUUUAGGUGGAUUAAUUUUUUCAAAGGAUUUUUAUUUACUCUAUCAAUAUAAAAUAUAAUAAUUUCACUCAUUUUAUUCAACAUAAAAUAUAACAUAUAACUUAUAUAACAUAUAACAUUCAACAUAUAACUUAGAGCAUUCUUUCAAUUUUUUAAAAAUUAGCUAAUGAGCAAUGACUAAAGUUUACAUAUUUUAUUAUAAAUGCAGAUGGAUGCUUUAGAAAAUUUGUAUUAAUCUGGUUCUAGAAUUAAUUUGAAUUAUCAGUUUUGUUGCUGUACUAAUUAAAAGAGCAAGUCUCCAGAAACCAAAACAAGUUGAGUGCAUUGAUUAGUCUUACAUUCUUUUAAUUUAUAUAACGAGAUUAUUUUUUCAUUUAUAAGAGUUUGAAUUUGUUAAAAAUUAAAUUGCAGGAAUUGGACACAACAAAGCUGUAGAUAUUAUUUUAACCGAUUGUAAAUCACUCUGAAAUUACUUCAUAAACUGUUCCAAAGAAAGCAAAUUGAUCGCAAAUAUGUUUUUAUUAGACAUGAAAAUAUUUUAUACUUUUCUCAGAAUUCAUUCUUCUAUAUUUUUAUUAUUUCUAAUUUGAACUUGCAUCCAUAAUCUUGAAAUAACAAUUCUAUAUUUAUUAAAACAUUUUUAAUAUCUUUUA